CUUAAUUAUUUUCAAUUUUGUCAUUAAAAAAAAACUAAAAUGUAAAUUGGGGCUUGAUUAAGGCAUCAAUUUUGCUAUAUCCCGGGAAUUGGCACAGCGCGUCAGCCAAAAUCAGUGUUAUCGUAUUUGGCUAUUUGCCUUAAAAAAGCACUAUUUUCACACUUAAUGAAAAUGGCCCCGAAGCGGCCGCGAGCGACGAAAAACGAACACGAAGAAUUAGCAAUACAAUUAUAUUCACCGCCAAUCAAAAGACCCGAAAUCGCGCCGGCCAUACCGCCGGUGGUGGUUUUCGCUCAUGGUGCUGGUGCUCCUUCUACUUCCGAGUGGAUGAUUAGAUGGAGGAACUUGUUGGCCAAAGCUUUAAAUCCUAUCGAGAUUGUAACUUUUGACUACCCAUAUAUUAAUGGUAAAAGAAAAGCUGCACCAAAGCCUGAAAAACUGGUUGGGUUUCAUACGGAUGUUGUAAAAGAGGCUGCUGCCAAGUACCCUGAACAUCCUUUAAUUUUAGUUGGAAAAUCCAUGGGUUCAAGAAUCAGUUGUAUGGUAGCUGCCGAGAUCGAUAUUUUGGUUUCAGCUAUAGUUUGCCUGGGAUACCCACUAAAGGCUACGAAUGGAGUCAUUAGAGACGAGACCCUCUUGCAACUCACGGUUCCUAUCAUGUUUGUACAGGGUGGUAAUGAUGGUUUUUGUCCACUGGCAUCGCUGGAAGCCGUUAGAAAAAAAUUAAAAGCUGUAAAUGCUUUGCAUGUUAUCGAAAAUGGUGAUCACUCAUUUCAAAUCGCUAAGAAGAAUCUUGAGUUAGCUGGCAUGACUCGUGAAGAAGCCGAAGAACGUGCUGUUGAAGCUGUUGCAAUGUUUGUUUCACAAAUCAGAGGGGAAAAGGUGAACAAAGGUUCUAUAAUUACAGAAAAUAGCAGGUGCGCUGCUUCAAGAAUGGCCAAGGGCAUUCUACCACAAUGUGUUUCAAGGAUGGAUGACCAUGUUGGACUUCACGAUGCUGGUGUUGAACAAGUCAAGGAUAUUGGUAAGCAGGCAUGUAAUCUCAUGAAGUAUUGCAUGAUUAGAAAUAAAGAUCAAUUUGCAAAACAACCAACUCGCCAUGCGAGGAUGAGGAAAUCAGAACGGAUACUAAUAAACAAGCUUAAGAAUCCUGUUUAUGACAAGGAUGGACGAGGAUCAACAAUUGACAAGCCACUAAACAUAGAUUAGACUUUGCAUAUUUGGGUAAUAGCCACGUGUUAUAGUAAUUGGGAUAGCCAUUAGCCAGUUUAAGUAUAUUAUCGAAAUAUUGUAAUUGUAAUGUAAUUAUUUUUGUGUUUUCAUGAAUGAAAUCUUGGAACGUGUUUCAUAUA